AAGGCAGUGAUCCGGUCCCUCUUCUCGAUCGCGCCGCCGAUUUUACACGUGUUGUCGUUGUUUAGAAGCAACAUCAACACAAAAAUUGCGAAAAAACGUGUAUAAAAAUCACAAAAUAUAACAAAAAAAUACCAAAAAAAUCUGUAAAACUUUUAAAAUCGUAAAAAAAUCGCGAAACGGUAGGUUUAGUCAAGCAAAGUUAACGACUUGAGAAACGUAAAAAACCGAACGCCAUAUUGUUGAGCAAAUACUCGAGGAAGAAAAGGGAUACAGUACAAAAACAGGUCAGCGUUUGAUCAUCUUAAUUUGUGAACCGAUCGAAACAACAAAAUCAACAACAUGCAGACCGCAGGAGGACCACAGAGCUACCCUAUGGCGUCCCUGUACGUGGGAGACCUACACCCAGACGUGACAGAAGCCAUGUUGUUUGAGAAAUUCUCAACCGCCGGACCUGUCUUGUCAAUCCGUGUAUGCCGCGACAUGAUCACCAGGCGAUCGCUGGGAUACGCGUAUGUGAACUUCCAACAGCCUGCUGAUGCUGAAAGAGCAUUAGAUACCAUGAACUUCGACACAAUCAAAGGUCGCCCAAUCAGAAUCAUGUGGUCACAGCGAGACCCCUCUCUCAGAAAGUCUGGAGUUGGUAAUGUUUUCAUCAAGAAUCUGGACAAGUGCAUUGACAACAAGACGCUUUAUGACACAUUCUCUGCAUUCGGAAACAUCCUAUCAUGCAAGAUCGUUUCAGAUGAGCAGGGCUCCAGAGGCUAUGGUUUUGUGCACUUUGAGACAGAGGAGGCUGCCAGAAAUGCCAUUGAGAAAGUCAAUGGCAUGUUGCUCAACCAGAAAAAAGUCUUUGUUGGUCGGUUUAUGAAUCGCCGCGAACGUCUUGAACAGAUGGGAGACAAGAUGAAGAAGUUCAACAACGUCUACAUCAAGAACUUCAGCGAAGAUGUUGAUGACGAAAAACUGAAGGCCUGGUUUGAGACUUAUGGGAAAAUCAUCAGUGCAAAGGUCAUGAUUGGCUAUGAUGGCAAGAGGCGUGGCUUUGGAUUUGUGUCCUAUGAAGAACCAGAGGCUGCAGAGUUGGCUGUAACAGAGAUGAACAACAAAGAGGUGGAUGGAAAACUGCUUUAUGUGGGCCGGGCCCAGAAGAGGACUGAGCGUCAGGCUGAACUAAAAGACAAAUUUGAUCGCAUCAAGCAGGAGCGCAUGAACAGAUACCAGGGUGUGAACCUGUACGUGAAGAACUUGGACGACACCAUAGACGAUGAGAGACUGAGAAAAGAGUUCUCCCAGUUUGGUACCAUCACCAGCGCAAAGGUGAUGGUGGAGGCUGGUCGUUCGAAGGGGUUUGGCUUCGUGUGCUUCAGCUCGCCCGAGGAGGCCACCAAGGCAGUCACAGAGAUGAAUGGUCGUAUUAUCGUGGCCAAGCCCUUGUACGUGGCGCUGGCCCAGCGCAAGGAGGAUCGCAAGGCUCACCUCGCCUCACAGUACAUACAGAGGCUUGCCAGCAUGAGGAUGCAGUCUCAGCAGAUGGGUCAGGUAUUCCAGCCAGGCGGUGGCGCAGGCUACUUUGUGCCAACCAUCAACCCCAGUGCAGCCCGUAGCAACUUCUUUGCUGCACCGCAGAUGCCUCAGAUGAGGGCUGGACCCCGCUGGCCAAAUGUCAGACCCGCAGCACCCGCCGGAGCCACAGGUUACCAACAAAUGGGAGCUAACACAACGGCCCGUCAGCCACGUCCAAUGGCUGCCACCAACCAGCCAGCCCCUGGCUCCCAGCAGGCUGUGAGACCCACCUCUAUGAAUGCUCGACCAAUCAUUGGCCAGUCAACUGCGCAGGCUCGCCCAGGAAUGGCCAUGCCCCAGAGCACGAUGCCUGGGCGGCCCCAGCAGGGAGCACCCACCAUGCCCCAGGGUGCCAGACCGGGCUUCAACCAGUACCCAGCCGGCAGCAGACCUCAGCAACCCAGCCAGGCCAUCCACGUGCCUGGCCAGGACGCCCUCACGGCCUCGAUGCUGGCCGCUGCCCCACCCCAGGAGCAGAAGCAGAUGCUUGGAGAGCGACUGUUCCCACUCAUCGCGCGCAUGCACCCCGAUCUCGCGGGUAAAAUCACCGGCAUGUUGCUGGAGAUUGACAACUCUGAGCUCCUGCACAUGCUUGAGUCUACGGAGUCACUGAAGGCCAAGGUGGAGGAAGCCGUUGCAGUGUUACAGGCCCAUCAGGCCAAGGAGGCCGCAGCCAAUCAGGCGGCCAGCAACGCUGCCAUCAAGAAGGAGUAGCUGAUAGUUGUGUCCCAAGAGCUGUGUUCUACACCUCGCCAGCUAAACAGAGAUAUGAGUUGAAAUGGGUUUUAUUAAACUUGUAUCUAAAAUAUGGAAAUGUUAACAUCACUCCAGUGAAAAGUAGAAAAAAAAUGUAUAUACGCAAAACAACAACAGGGCGUCGGCAUAUAUUUGUUUCAAUAAACGAACAGCAAUAAAAACUUAUUGAACAUUUUAUCAUUAAAGGACACAACUGGAUACAGAUAAAAGUUUUAAAGUCACGUUUUGUUAAAUAUUCAUUUUGCAUUAAUGACUUUCACAUUUAUUGUAACCUGUAAAUGUUGCGGCGUUUUGAAUGAAAUUUGUUGCAAUUUGUUAUCAGUGACGGUUAAUUUGCUUGUCUUGACUUUACAUUUCAUUGCAUUCAAAGUGUUUGAAAGACAUUUUGGUUAAGUGAUUGUCAUGAACAAAUGUUGACAUGGAUAGAUUUGCAGUAGGGAAUGUUGAAUGACAUGUAAAAUUAUGUUUACCACCAUUCGCGUUAUUGAAUAUGCAUAGUUAAAAUCGUGUGAAUAUUUUUGAACAAUUGUUGCUGCAUGAUUAUCAUCAUUUUAAAAAGUUGCGUAAAAAUAACAACAUGAAGCAAGUGUUCAAAAAUAUACAACCAAAAAAAUCCAAGCUUUGAAAAAUGUUUGUAAACAAAAUCUCGUUAACGAUCACUUUCCUUGUUAUUAUUUUUAAAAAAGAGUAAAAAUGCAAAAAAAAGAGUAAAAUAUUUUAAAUGUGAACUCUAACCAAACUGGUAUGUAACUGAAAACCUUGUUAAAAUGUAACUGCAGUAUUUUUAAAUGUUAAUGUUGUGUUAAGUAUGUUUAAGUCACAAUAAGUUACUUGAGAAGAGGGGUCAAUGUUAAAGAUGUGAACAAAUGUUUACUGAUAGUUUUUUUAUUAUAUUUGGGAAAGUGAUGCUAUCGACAAACUUUGUUUACAACGUUUCUGAUUUUUUUUAUUUUUUGGGGAAAAUACUGUUUAAAUACUUUAGAAAAUACAAUAAAAGUUCAAUGGUUA